AUGCUCGAUACGUGGUCAGAGGUUAAUCUAAUCAAAAUUGGAGCCUUACGGAAGCUAGCGCUAUCGAGAAUUAAUAAUAAACCAGUUUAUACGUUGGGUAAAGCAUACGUAGAAUUAUUCGGUUAUGAAGUAGAAUUUAAUGAAGUGAACGAUAAAUUUCCUACAGUACACCCCGCAUUAUUGGGAGCUAAAUUCUUUAACGAAUACGGUGCGAGAGUCUUCUUUGAUUAUAAAAUAUUUACCUUCUAUGACGUAGAGGUGCCAUUUUUCGAAACAGAGACUGAAGCAUUGCCUCCAAACUCAGUUUCAUCAAUAACUAUAGAAACUUCUGAUUCGUACGAGCAUGGUUAUAUACCACGUAUAUACUGUGCCACCGAUGUCGAACUUGGUGGUACUUUUGAAACUAAUGAAAAUGGCCAUACUUUCUUAAGGGCUUACAAUAGCUCCGAUGACGAGAUCUUAAUUCCAAAACCGGUAAUUAACCUGAGACCUCCUUUAUGGUUUGAUGAAAGCGAUUAUGCGAUAGAAUCAAAAGUAAUCAAGAUAACCGAUGAUUACUAUGGGAAAGCAAAUUUAAAUUCAAAUAAAGUCACUAGAGAUAAAACUCGACGGGUCGAGGACACUACGUCCGACGUCAAGAAAAAUCCAGUAACUACUAAUAAUAAUCCCGGGCGGUUCGAAGACCUUCAGUCUGACGCCAAGGGAAAAUUCGGCGGGUCAAAGACGGUGUGUCUGACGCUGAAAGGAGUUUACAAAGCACAGAUUGCUGUAGGUGAAGGCAAAAACGAACCUAACAAAAACAAUAAUCCUAUCCCAAAACGAUCGACACUGCAACGGCCGAAUCAGAAAACACUCCCACCUCCCUCUGAUAAUAGCUCCAGAGAAACUUCUGCGGACUCGCAGAUGGAAAACGAACGAAACCUACGUGGGAGAAUCGCGAGAAACACGGUUUCUUCUGGGAAUGCCGAAGAAAUGACCGACGAGCGUCAGCUGUACACAGACGGUGAAUCUUCCGAUGACGAUCGUCGGUCUGAGGGCGGAGGGGUUGGUGAUGACGUGGGAAACGUCCCACCACGCGCGCCCAGACGUCACCCAGCGGUUACACCACAAUCUCGCGAAAUCGCACCGAAUGUCCGCGAGACUCGUGAUCGGUUAUCAAUGCAAUCCGAUAACAUAUUAAUUUUUGUUAACGUUAAAGGCGAGCCCUGCGAUGAGGGUAGUCGCGAACUUUCUGGGGUAUUGCAGAUACCUAAUAAUUUACACGACAAUUAUUGUCGGUCUACGGUAAUUAACUAUCGAGGAAAUAAGCACUGUAUUGUGGCUGUGCCUAAAUACAGGAAUUUGGACCUUAAGCGUAUUAAGCAAACAGAAACGGCCGCCGGCGCGAAUUUACGUAGAUCUAAGGAAAUAUCAAAACUAUAUUACGAUAGGAAAAUAAACCCCUUAGGGGUUAGGCCAGGAACCAGAGUGUUCCUUUUAUUAGAGCCUAGAAAAGGUAAAGGAGACCCGAAGUACACUGGUCCUCAUGAUUUAUUAGGGAUAGGGGAAAAUGAGGUAGCUGAGAUUUUGAUUAAUGGGGUUUCAAAAUUUGUGCAUGUUAAUAAGCUAAGAAUAUCCCGUAUAUAA